UAUUUUUGAAACAUGUUCAUAAUCCAAGAGUCAUGCAGGCGCGCUUCCGCAUACCUCACAAGAGUUGAAAGCUGAAGUGUGACAGAAGCUCCAUGGACCAGUCACCGUGAUGCUUGGUUCACCCACUCUCCCCUACCUUCAACCCUGGGGCCGCCCCUUACUUCAGCGGCUUCUGUCAGAGUUCUGGACCAGUGGCAGCACAGCAUCGUGGCAUGUCUCGUACAGAAGGCUCAGCACAGACAUCCCUCAGCCUGUAAUUGGCCACCAGUCAGUGGAGGUGUUGGGGCACCGUUACCCCAGGGAUGACUUCACCAACGUUACUCCAAAGAUCUUGGCCAAAGUGGGGCGCAACCUUCACAACCAGCCGUAUCAUCCACUGUGGCUGAUCAAGGAGCGCAUCAAAGCUCAUUUUUACAGCAAUUACAUCGGGCCAGGAGGCAACCCGCUCUUCUCUGUCCACGACAACCUGAGUCCUGUAGUGACUGUGGAGCAGAACUUUGACAGUUUGCUGAUCCCACCCGAUCACUCGAGCAGAAAACAAGGAGACAACUACUACCUUAACCGAAAUAUGAUGCUGCGCGCUCACACGUCGGCCCACCAGGCGGAGCUCGUCAGGUCUGGCCUGGAUGCCUUCUUGUUGGCUGGAGACGUUUACAGACGGGACGAGAUUGAUGCCAGUCACUACCCAGUCUUCCACCAGAUGGAAGGAGUCCGGCUCUUCACCAACCACCAGCUUUUCUCAAAGGUGCAUAAUGGUGAGGACCUGUCACUGUUUGAGCGUGGGGGCCGCCGCACGCCGCAGAAGCAGGAAACACACUCUCUGGAAGCAGUGAAGCUGGUGGAGUUUGACCUGAAGCAGACGCUGACGCGCCUCGUCUCUUACCUGUUUGGAGCAGAUGUGGAGGUCAGAUGGGUCGAUUGUUACUUCCCCUUCACUCACCCCUCCUUUGAGUUGGAGGUGCGUUUCCAGGGGAACUGGAUGGAGGUGCUGGGCUGUGGGGUGAUGGAGCAGGAGCUGCUGAACUCAGUGGGGGCGCAGAACAAACUGGGAUGGGCGUUUGGACUGGGCUUGGAGAGACUGGCCAUGGUUCUGUACAGCAUCCCAGACAUCCGCCUCUUCUGGAGUGAAGACGAACGCUUCCUCAAGCAGUUCAGAGUCCAGGACAUCCACCAGCCUGUCUGCUUCCAGGCUCUGAGUAAGUACCCCCCCCUCCACAACGAUAUCUCCUUUUGGCUGCCGGACACCAAAGACAGCGAGGAGAGCUUCACUGAAAACGACUUCUACGAACUGGUGCGAUCCAUCGGAGGAGACUUGGUGGAGAAGGUCACACUCAUCGAUGACUUCACACAUCCAAAGACUGGCAGACGGAGUCGAUGCUACCGCAUCGUCUACCGCCACAUGGAGCGCACUCUGACCCAGGAGGAGGUUCGGCUGGUCCACCAGGAGAUCGAGCGGAUGGCGGAGGCGGAGCUUGGCGUUCAGGGCCGAUACUGAGCUGCAGUGCGUCGAUGGGAGGGGCCCAACACAAAGUCAUCCGUCCCCGUCGCUGUGAACCAUAGCCGCAGGGAGAACACGCUGCCUUUAGUUCCUGCUCCUCACUCAGCUUUUGAGGCCGCUGUCGGCGGUUCUUCUUCUUCCUGGUCGUCUGUUCCCUCCUCAUCAUCACUCAAAUGUACAAGUUUGACACGUGUCGCCUUUAAUCUGCAUGAGAGAGAGCCAGAGCAGCUCCUGUGGUUCUGAGCAGAGAAAACCAACAGGAAAACAGUUUGACCUUCCUCAAAGGUUUUUGGUUUUUUCUUAGCUUUUCCUUCAAACUGUCUUUUACUUCCUGUUGAAUCAGCGAGGGGGGGGGGGGGGGGGUUCAGCCCAAACAAAGGAACCGCAACGCUCAUCCAGGGAACUAAACCCAGGUGUUUUCCUUUCAAACCCCUCAGAAAUGAAGCUGUGAGCCAGCGAGCCUCACCUCGUGUCCUGCAGGCCUCCUGUUCUCCCAGCAGCUCCAGCUAAACUCCACACUGCUGUUUUUCUGGGGGGAGGGGGGGGCAGGUCCAUGAGUGGGGUUCUGAUCCAGUUUUCCGGAGUUAACUUUAAUGAUCCAGACAUUUUUACAGAAACUGAGACAUAGAGCUGAACUUUGUCAGGUUAAGAAACCCAACAUUACUAAAUAAAAGCUGUGAGGAAAUGAAGACAACCACAAACUUUGUUUUUGUUUUUUCACUCAUUAAAUUUAGCAGAGCAAAAAAUGUGUUAUGAAAAAUGUUUAUAAAAUUAUCUCCAUCAGAUAAAAAACUAAAACUUGCUUUCAUGAUUCCCAGUUAGGUGAUGAAGAUCAGGUCCUGAAAAUUCAGAUCAGACUUUGAGAGAAUAGAGAUUCCAUGUUUCCUCUGAAUGUUACCUGCAGUUCUGUGCUGUUUUUCUAUGUUGAAAUAAAAAACUCCAACCAG